AUGUCUGACUCGGGAAAGAUCACCAUCUCUAUCGAUCGCGGCGGCACAUUUACAGAUGUCCACGCGAUUCAACCUGGCCGUCCCGACAUUAUAUUGAAGCUUCUUUCUGUUGAUCCUUCUCAUUAUCAAGAUGCCCCAACUGAGGGCAUUCGUCAGAUUUUAGAGCUGGUCACCGGGGAGUCACACCCCCGAGGCCAACCAUUGAAACUCGACCGCAUUGGUUGCCUACGCAUGGGCACAACCGUUGCAACCAAUGCUUUGCUCGAGCGCAAGGGAGCUCGUUCAGUGCUCUUCACAACCAAGGGGUUUCGAGAUUUAUUAAAAAUUGGCGACCAAUCUCGCCCGGCCAUUUUUGACUUAUCAAUGGCUCGCCCCGGAGUGCUACCGGAAAGUGUCGUCGAAGUCAACGAACGUGUUCUGUCCUGCCACCCUUCUGCUGACAGUGAUUGCUUCUCCGAUUGCCGGAUGGUAGAGGGAAUCACCGGCGAGAAAUUCCGUGUGGUGCAAGAAUUAGACCUCGUUCAGGUGAAGCGAGAGCUCCAACGGCUGAAGGAGCAAGGAAUCCUGUCAAUCUCCGUGGCGCUGUUGCAUUCCUACGCAUAUCCUGAGCACGAGCGUCAAAUCGGUGAGCUCGCUCAAGAGAUGGGAUUCUCGGUUACCCUCUCUUCAAAACUUCAACCUAUGAUCAAGAUCGUGCCUCGGGGCAUGUCGGCCGCCGCCGAUGCCUACCUCACCCCUGUUAUCAAGACAUAUAUUGACUCCAUCUCUUCCAGCUUUGAAGGUGGGUUGGAAAGUCAGCAGGACUGCCGAUUUGAGUUUAUGCAAUCAGAUGGUGGACUGGUCGAUUUCCGCAAAUUUAGUGGGCUAAAAGCGAUUUUGUCCGGCCCCGCAGCUGGCGUGGUCGGCUUUGCAGCCACUAGCUGGGAUCCCACUGAGAAGACUCCCGUUAUUGGUUUCGAUAUGGGUGGCACCAGCACAGAUGUCUCCAGAUUUGAUGGCCACCUUGAGCAUGUAUUCGCAUCUAAGGUUGCAGGCGUGAUGAUCCAAUCCCCUCAACUCGAUAUCAACACCGUUGCUGCUGGCGGUGGUUCCAUCCUUACUUGGCGUAAUGGCUUGUUCUAUGUUGGGCCUGAGUCCGCAAGUGCUCAUCCAGGUCCGGCAUGCUACCGAAAGGGGGGCCCACUUACAGUGACAGACGCCAAUCUGUUCCUAGGCCGCCUUCUGCCAGAGUACUUCCCCAAGAUCUUCGGCCCGCAUGAGAACGAAGCUCUAGACACAGAGACGACUGCACGCCUUUUCAAUGAACUCACACACAAAAUCAACAUGGAACGCAAACAGCAAGGCCAGUCAGAGUUUUCCCCAGAGGAAGUCGCACUCGGCUUCCUUAAUGUUGCAGAUGAGUCUAUGUCCCGGCCAAUCCGUAACCUCACGGAGGCUCGUGGCUUCGAGACUGCAUCUCAUCAUUUGGCAUGCUUUGGAGGUGCUGGUGGCCAGCACGCAUGCUCAGUGGCGAAAACGCUCGGAAUCUCCCGCAUCAUUAUCCACAAAUAUUCCUCCGUUCUCUCGGCAUACGGCCUUGCUCUAGCAGAGGUUGUUAAAGAGUCGCAGGAACCUGUUUCCUCAACCUACCUAUCCUCACAACCUGCGCUUCUUCAACAUCUCGAUGACUUAUCAGCAUCAGCAACCAAGGACAUGGAAACACAAGGCUUCCCUUCCACUCAAGUGCGCCAUGAGCAAUACUUGAACAUGCGCUAUGAAGGUUCUGAUACUAGUCUGAUGAUCCGAAAGCCCGAAAGCUCGGGAGACUUCCUCGAAGAAUUCCGCAUCCGUCAUCGCCGCGAAUUCAACUUCAACUCUGACCGACCUGUUCUUGUUGACGACGUCCGAGUGCGAACUAUUGCCUCGUCCAAGGUGCGGACCGAGAAAAGUCCCUUAGUUCAACUGAAAGAAGCCAAUAUGCGAGAUGUCGCGACGGCUCCAAACAACACCACUUCAGCCUACUUUGGCCAGGCGAGUCGGGUCGAUACACCAGUUUACCUUCUAGGUGAAUUGGAAAAGAACUCCCGCAUUUAUGGUCCGGCUGUCAUUAUUGAUCAAACUCAAACAAUUGUCGUGGCUCCCAAUGCAGUGGCGAACCUGCUCGACACCUGCAUUGUCAUCGAUCUCAAUGACGAACCAACCUCUUCCGGAACCGCUCUACCAUCGGAAAUUGACCCUAUCAGGCUUACUAUCUUUGGGCAUCGCUUCAUGUCCAUCGCUGAGCAGAUGGGCCGAGCGGCUGGAUUUUUCCUGUGCUCUAUUCUCCCCGACGGAGGUUUGGUGGCUAAUGCGCCCCAUGUUCCGGUUCAUCUUGGAUCGAUGCAAUUUGCCGUGCGUUAUCAGCAUGAAAAGUGGUUAGGCAACUUGAAGGACGGUGAUGUUCUGGUAGCCAACCACCCUAGUUGCGGGGGCACCCAUCUGCCUGAUAUUACAGUUAUUACACCGGUCUUUGACCGACCUGGUGGCUCCGAGAUCAUGUUUUACGUGGCUUCCCGUGGACAUCACGCUGAUAUUGGUGGUAUCUUGCCUGGAUCAAUGCCUCCUAAAUCCACCGAGCUAUGGCAAGAAGGCGCUGCCAUCGAAGGUGAUAAGAUUGUCAGUGAUGGUAUCUUGGAUGAGGCACGUUUGAUCGAGUUGCUGGUCACGAAGCCCUCGCAAUAUCCCGGCUGCGCUGGAGCACGCUGCCUCAGUGACAACUUGUCCGAUCUGAAGGCGCAGAUCGCCGCUAACACUCGUGGAAUCACCCUGAUCCAGACUCUGUUCAACGAAUAUGGAACGCAGACCGUGCAAAGGUACAUGUACGCCAUCCAGGCGACCGCCGAAUCUGCUGUACGCAGUCUUCUCAAAGAGCUAUAUCAGAAGUUCAAUGGCCAGCCAUUAGAGUCAGUGGACUAUAUGGAUGAUGGCACCCCCAUUCGAUUGAAGGUCACCAUCAAUGGUACCGAUGGAUCAGCUGUCUUCGACUUUGAGGGCACAGGCCCUGAGGUGUAUGGUAGCUGGAACGCUCCUAUUGCUAUCACUCACUCAGCCAUCAUCUACUGUCUGCGCUGCAUGAUCAAUGCAGAUGUGCCACUGAACCAGGGAUGCUUGGCGCCAAUUGACAUCCGUGUCCCAUCGUCCAGUAUUUUAUCGCCGAGCAAGACUGCUGCCGUCGUUGGUGGCAAUGUCGUGACCUCACAACGCAUCACGGACGUCGUGUUCAAAGCCUUCCAGGCUUGUGCCGCGUCUCAAGGCUGCUGUAAUAACCUGACCUUCGGUACAGACGCCAAGCUUGAUCCGACCACCGGUGCUGUUGUCACGCCUGGAUUUGGAUAUUACGAGACUAUUGCGGGCGGCAGUGGUGCUGGCCCAACUUGGAAAGGCGAGUCUGGUAUACAUGUUCACAUGACCAACACGCGGAUCACCGAUCCUGAGAUCCUGGAAAAGCGCUAUCCGACGAUGCUCCGCCAGUUCACCCUACGUGAGGGUUCUGGCGGUCAGGGCAAGAACCCCGGUGGUGAGGGAGUAAUUCGCGACAUCGAAUUCCUUUCACCAAUUCAAUGUUCAAUUCUGUCAGAGCGCCGUGUCCAUCGGCCUUAUGGACUCGAGGGUGGCCAGGAUGCACAGACCGGAUUCAACCUGUGGAUCACGCGGGAUCCUGACACUGGCAAUGAGCGCCGCGUCAACAUCGGCGGCAAAAACACUGUCUCGAUGAAGACGCACGAUCGUGUUGUCAUCAACACUCCCGGUGGUGGUGGCUGGGGCGCUGUGUGA